AGUCACCGAGAAGGUCGGGUUAACUGAAAACUCUUAUCGAUACUUGUAGACAAAAAAAGGAAAGUGAGAUUCUAUCCAGCCCCCUCAUUACUGUGCUGCUGUUGGGUGCAGUGUUGUGGUUUAUCGCCAAUCACGCCGAUAAAUAUACUUAGCUAAACAUUGAAAGUACAUUAUUUUUUGCUGCACGUUCUAUCUCCGAAAGCUGUUGUGUCUACGUGAGUUUCGCCAAUUUGUUAUCUGUGCGCUUCGAAAGGGUUUUUUUUCUGUCCGCGGGUUGAUUUGGAUUAUCACGCAGCGCGUUGCGAACCGGGUGCGAAAGUGUCAUCAGUUGGUAUCUACUGCAGCAGAUAAACGGACGACAGAAGAUUCUCGCUUAAGAUUUCCAAUAACAUUUGAAACGCUUCCUCGCCUCCCGCAACGAUGAACCGUUUGACAUCUUCCCCUUACUUCCGACGUUUCCUGGUGACCGAUAAAGGCAAGAAUGAUGCACAACUGCGCACCGCAAGCCGCGGUCCCCACUACGAUUUACGCGGAUUCACUUUCACCACUAUGAAGAAAAACCCAGCGGUUCUCCCACUGGUCGUGAUCAUUGGGGCUGCCGUGGCAGGUGUCGUUGUAUAUAGUACGUACGCAGCGUUCACGCGACCAGAUGUGAGUUUCAACAGAAAAGUUUACGAAUGGGAUACAAUGGACGUUAUGAACCCCAAACAACUAAAGAUUCGCGCCUACAAUCAGGAACUUGGUCCCAUGCCGGAAUUGAAUGAAGCACUAUCCUACCGAGAGGAGUACAACAAACAAAACCAAUCGAAGUAAACAACAGCCAACACACGUUGCAGUUUCUCAACAUUGGAACCCUGAAUACGUAGUUGUGGUGUCCUCCCGUUGGAUUAAAGCAGUCAGGCAGCCUUAGUAUUUUGUAUAGUUUUUCAGCCUAUCACCUUUAAACUUCUGCCAAUUGGCUUCACCCAUUCUUAUGGACCUAGACCGAUCAGUGCGCACGUGUUUCUUUGUGUAUGUACCCCUGCUUUUGCCACGCAAGGUUAUCGUUACUUAAGACUAUCACUAACAAUACCUUACACACUCCCUGUACCAUGUAGAAGAACAUCAUCGUUAAUAAAUUGUUCUCCCCCUAUGCGGUGUGUGUACCGCAGUGGCGCAGAGUAUCUCA